AUGAUUCUCUCACGGCGCGCGGUUGUCUUCCUAGGCUUCUCCUUUUUCGCUAUCCUCCUCCUCACAGCCCGACACCUUUCACAACCAUGGCGUAACGUGCCCCAGGCUUUAGGCCUUGGUGAUUUCAUCUAUCCUGUCGGCAACAAUGGAACCAAAGCCUAUAACUUCACCACAAGCCACGGGCACAAACAUCUGUAUGCCCCCCAACCGAACUUCAUCCCAGGCAUUCCCAAACCGCCGGGUUCGGAGUACACUAAGAUGCUCGUGAUUCCGCGUACAAAAACCGAGGAUGUCGACUGGAUUGAGCAGGAGCUGCCUGAUUGGGGUACUGCUAUAUACGUUGCUGACGACCCUUCGGCACCGCUGCAUCCACCAAAGAACAAGGGGCACGAGGUGAUGGUAUAUCUGACCUUUGUCAUCGACUUCUACGACGACUUGCCUGAUGUCGCUGUAUUCAUGCACUCCCAUCAGAACGCAUGGCACAACGACGAGAUUUUUGGUGGCGACGCAGUGGAGAUUUUACGCCGCCUAAGCUUGCCCCGAGUCAUCCGAGAGGGAUACAUGAAUACGCGCUGUGGAUUUGCGCCGGGUUGCCCGGACUGGAUGCAUCCGGGGGCCAUGGUGGAGAGCGAGGAGAAGCAAGAAGAGACAAUGCUAGCCCGCGCAUGGGGUGAACUAUUUCCCGAUGAGCCGGUCCCAUCGGUCCUUGCACAGCCGUGCUGUGGCCAGUUUGCUCUAUCCCGCGAUCGGAUUCGUACGAUCCCUCGUUCUCGAUUUAUUUUUUACCGUGAUUGGCUUUUACAGACUGAUCUGAGCGAUUACAUCGCCGGUCGAAUUUGGGAAUAUCUUUGGCAAUACGUUUUCACUGGCGAGCCUGUUGUCUGUGUUUUGGAGAAUAUCUGUCUCUGUGAUGGUUACGGGGUUUGUUUCGGCGGGCCGGAUGAAUUUCAAAAAUAUCGAGAUCUAACUUUUGAACGGAACUAUCUCGAUCAAGAACUGUCGGAGUGGAUCUUUUUGUCAGACGGUCUUGAGCUGGCCCAAGAGAAUGAGGAAUUGGACGAGACUAUGGACCUCAACAUUCCACCCCUUAGUGAUAAGGAUCAAAUGGAAAGGGAGCUUCAUGAUAAAGCACAAGAGGUUUCGGAUCUUCUCGACGCUGCCUUGGAGCGUGGUCAAGAUCCGAAGCAUCGUGCUUUGGAGGCUGGUCGUCCUUGGAAAAAGGGCGAAGGUUUCUAG